UGUCAAUUUGACGAAUAAAGUGGUUUGUUGGUGAUAUAGUGGCACGUGUUUAUUUUAAAAAGAGAUUUUAAAUACGUUUUAUAAAUAAUAAUGGGUAAAGGACGGAAACAUAAACCAAAAAAAAAUUUUGCCGAGAAACGGCGUGAAAAACAACAAAAGAAAAACGAAUGGGAUAAUACACCACACAGAAGUUAUGCUGAUAUAAUCAGAGAAAAUAAGGAUUUUGAAAAUUAUUAUAAAACACAAAAUAUAAUCCCUGAAGAGAAAUGGGAUGAAUUUAUUACUACGAUGAGGAAAAAUCUACCUGUAGCAUUUCGUAUUACUGGCUCGAAAUCCGAGGCAAAAGUUUUAUUAGACAUUAUAAAGAGUGACUUUUUUAAAGAAAUUUUAAAUACUAAUUUAGAAGAUGGCGAAGAAGAUACUGACAAGAAAACAAUAUUACAUUGUUUACCAUUUUAUCCAGAAGAAUUAGCAUGGCAGUUACAAUUAACAAGAAAAGAUAUUCGUAGAUCUGAAGCAUAUUUCAGGUUACAUAAUUUUUUAAUUGCAGAGACAAAUAGUGGUAGUAUUAGUAGACAAGAAGUAGUUAGUAUGGUACCACCUUUAGUUUUGGAUGUAAAACCUGGACAUAAGGUGCUAGACAUGUGUGCUGCACCAGGAUCAAAAACAGCACAGUUGAUAGAAAUGAUACACGCUAAUGAGGGUAAUAUACCUCCAGAAGGUUUUGUGAUAGCGAAUGAUCUUGAUAAUAAUCGUUGUUAUAUGCUUGUACAUCAAGCUAAAAGAUUGAAUAGUCCUAAUAUUCUCAUCACGAAUCAUGAUUCAUCGAUCAUGCCAAACUUUAGUGUAACUCAGGCAGAUGGUACUAAAGACACUUUGAAAUUUGAUAGAAUACUUGCUGAUGUACCAUGUAGCGGUGAUGGUACAAUGAGAAAGAAUCCAGAUAUUUGGUGUAAGUGGAAUGCAGCAAAUGGUGAUAAUCUUCAUGGAAUUCAAUACAGAAUAGCAAAGAGAGGAUUAGAAUUAUUAGCAGUUGGAGGUAGGAUGGUAUAUUCUACAUGUUCAUUAAAUCCUGUUGAGAAUGAAGCAGUUCUUCACAGAGUUCUCAUUGAAACACAGGACUCUGUUCAACUAGUGGAUUGUAGAGAUUUAGUACCAGGAUUAAUAUGUGAUCCUGGUGUAACACAUUGGUUACCGGCUUCUAAAAAUUUACAAUAUUAUAAUUCAUGGGAGGAUGUACCUCAGCAAUGGCAAACGCAGAUCAGACCGAAAAUGUUUCCACCAAGUAAAGAAGAUAGUUCAAAAUUUCAUCUUGAACGUUGUAUGAGAAUAUUACCACAUCAUCAAGAUACAGGAGGCUUUUUUGUUGCUGUACUUGAAAAAGUAAAACCUUUACCAUGGGAAAAUGAAUCAAGUGUAUUUAAUCAGAACAUAGAGAAUACAAACAUUGAUAGUAAAAAGGAUGAACUAAGUCUUGAAGAGGAAGCAGAACACGAGGAAACAGAAAAUAAUUCAGGUGAUAAAAAAAGAUCAUUGGAAGGUGAAAAGAAAUGGCAAGAACCUCAAAGAAAACGUAAAAGAGUUGUUGGAUAUAGAGAAGAUCCGUUUGUUUUCUUUAAAGAUGAUAAAGAAGAUGUAUGGUUAUCAAUUAAAGAAUUUUAUGACAUAUCUGAUGAUUUGGAUCCACGAUGUUUAUUAGUCAGAUGUCACGAAGGAAAAAAGAAAAACAUUUAUUUCACGUCACCGGCAAUCCGUGAUAUUGUUAUAUCGAAUGAAAAUAAAGUCAAAAUGAUUAAUACAGGUGUUAAGACUUUUGUACGUUGCGAUAAUAAAAACAUGAAAUGUGCCUUCAGACUUGCCCAGGAAGGAAUGCAAAGUAUUUUUCACUAUAUUGGCAAAGGCAGAAAGCUUAAAGUAAUGAAAGAAGACUUAAUCAUGCUUUUGCAAAACAAUGAACCGCGUACACCACCUGAAAUUAUCAAAUUGAGUCCAGUCACUCAAGAACUUCUUAAAGACUUUGCAACUGGUAGUUGUAUACUUUUAUACGAAGAAGAAAAAACUGAUAAGCUGUAUCCAUUAAAAUUACAGUUAGUAGGUUGGAGAGGUACUAUGUCCCUUAGAGCUUAUGUGCCUAUUCAUGAUGCGAUUCAUUAUUUACGUUUAUUAGGAGCUGACUGUUCAAUGUUUGAAAAAAAUAAAUUCAAAGAAAACCGCACUUUGUCAACAGACGAAAUUAAUAAUGAAGAAUCGGUAAGUGAGGAAACCGUAACUGAAGAAAAAAUCAGUGAAAAUGGUGAUUCUUUAUAAAAAAAAUUCAAAUAAUUUUUAUUACUAGCAGUUAUCCCGCGUAAUUGUUAGUAAUAAUUUUAUACCAACUUAAUGUUCCUUAGAGCAGUGGAUGUUCGUUCUUUACCACAUAUGCAUAUAUAUUUGUUAUAUACAAAUAAAAUACCUAUAUAUGUAUACUUUACUAUAAA